AUGGCGGCUACUGUCGGUGUCCUGGCCCUCCAGGGAGGCUUCCUCGAGCACCUCUCCCUCCUUCACAAAUCUGCACAGCAUCUCGCCAGCACAUCUUCACACACGGCGAAAAGGCCCUUUGAUUUCAUCGAGGUCAGAAACCCUCAGGACUUGGCACGCUGCGAUGCCCUCAUAAUCCCAGGUGGUGAGAGCACCACCAUCGCUCUCAUAGCGGCACAGUCAGGGCUCAUGGAGCCACUGCGAGAAUUCGUCAAAAACGCCAAAAAACCUACCUGGGGCACCUGCGCAGGUCUUAUCCUCCUCGCUGAGGCAGCGAACGCCGCCAAGAAGGGUGGUCAGGAGCUUAUAGGCGGCCUGGACGUCAAGGUGCACCGCAACCACUUCGGCCGUCAGAUCGAGAGCUUCGUGGCAGACGUCCAUUUGCCGUUCCUGGCGCAGUCGGACCUGCUGACGGGCUCGGACUCCGCGGCCCCGUUCCCGGGCGUCUUCAUCCGCGCGCCCAUUGUCGAGCAGCUGCUGGCACCCGGCGCAACUGUGGAUUCUGUGGAGCCUGGGGCUACCGUUCGUAAUGGAAAUCCCGAGAAGGCGGAGGUCGAGAUUCUGGCCGUCUUGCCGGACAGGAAGAAGAAGGUCAAGGGGAGCGCGGUGGACAGCACCACCGAGGUCCACGGGGGCGAGCUCAACGACAUCGUUGCUGUCAGACAGGGCAACAUCAUGGGCACCAGCUUCCAUCCCGAGCUGACCGAAGACAUUCGCAUACAUGUUUGGUGGCUGGAGCAGGUGCUCAAGAAGCUUUCAUGA